AUGCCGGCGAAGUCAUCAUUGAAUACCCUAUGCGCGGCCGCACUCCUGGCGUUCCUUGGCGGAACUCUGGGAGUAAGCGGCGCCGACUGCAACUCGACAGUGGACAACGCUCAGCCCAGCACCGACGAUACCUUGACGAGAAUCCGCUUUGUCCAGAACAUGACUGCUUCUCAGGCCGACUUUGUGGUUCGCAACGCCAGUGUCUUCACUGCAGCGGAACGAUCGUCCUCUACUGCCAGUGGCUUUGCGGUAAAAGAUGGGAAGUUCGUGGCCGUCUCCUCCAACGAUGCCGAACUCGAGCCUUUCAUUGGUUCCGCGACGGUGGUGAAGGACAUGGCUGGAGCACCAGUCGCCCCAGGACUGUUUGACACGCACAUUCACCAUAUUCCCGGCGGAAGAAUGCUUCUCAAGGAGUUGACAUUCUCAUCAGAUCUUCCACUUGACGACAUGCUGGAUCUGAUCAACUCCUACUCGGCCAACUUAACUAAUGCUUCCGCCUGGGUCACCGGUGGAAGCUGGGGAAGCACCCUUUUGUCACAGAUCUCCACUACCGCCGCCCUGAAGCGCCUCGACGAAGUCUCCAACGGCCAUCCCGUUCUCCUCAAUGACGACAGCCACCAUAACGUAUGGGUAAAUACUCUUGGCCUGGAGGCAGCGGGGAUACCUACCGAGGGAGCCACCGGAGUCCUCAUCGAAGGUGCAGCGGCGCCCGCCCGUGCAGCACAAGCGGCAGCGGAGCCAGACACUCUGGAAGACCAAAAGAACUACGCCUUGAGGGCAUGGGAACUCCUGCACUCCUUCGGAGUCACCUCCAUCCAGGAUGCCGCCGUCACUACAUCGAACCUAGACGCCAUGGUUGCCCUCGACGAGGAGAGCCGGCUCAAGGGCUGGGUUUCAAGCUGUCUCGCCAUGGAUGGCGGAUUUGCCGAGCCCAACGUGAAGCAGUCAGACUUCGACCAGCACGCCCGCGAGCUGGCCCGCGACCGCGUGCGCACCAACUUCACCAAGCUCGUCCUGGACGGCGUCCCGCCGACGCAGACGGCCGGGUUCCUCGAAGCAUACCUGCCCACGCCGGAACACGGCUGCAACUACCACGGCGUGGUGUACAACACGACAGAAGAGCUGGUCGAGACCCUGCGGCUGUACCGCGAACAGGGCCGCCACACCAAGAUCCACUGCACCGGCGACUGGUCGGUCCGCGUCGCGAUGGACGCCUUCGAGGUGAUGCGCACCGAGGGCUCGACCCAGCGCUACCAGAUCGCACACGGCCAGUUCGUCACGCCCGAGGACCGCCAGCGCAUGGCGACCCUCAAUGUCUACGCCGACGUGUCGCCGUUCAUCUGGUACCCAGGGGUGAUCCCCUCAGCCAUCGCCGCCGUGCUGCCCGAGGAGGUUGCUUCCAAGAUGCAGCCCAACCGCCACCUCCUCGACCUCGGCGUCCUCGUCGCUGCUGGGUCCGACUGGCCCGUCAGUGCUGACCCCAACCCGUGGCAGGGGAUCGGCGGCCUCGUCACCCGACAGGAUCCCACGGGCCAGUUCCCCGGCACCCUGUGGGCGGAGCAGGCGGUGACGGUUGAAGAGGCGAUCCGCAUCUUCAGUAUCAACGGCGCCAAGGCUGCCGGGCUUGACGAUGUCGUUGGUUCGAUCGAAGUCGGCAAGGCUGCCAACUUCCUUUUCAUUGAUCGCGACCCGUUCAAGAUUAACGAGACGGAGAUCGGGGGGACCAAGGUCCUCAGCACCUACGUUGCUGGCGAAGAAGUCUAUUCCAGCUCCGCAUGA